UUUUAUGUGUAGAUGAAGAGCUGUCUCUUUCUCAUUCUUCGCUGUCCCUUUCGCUUACCAUCCGUUUUAUUUUCCUAAUAUAAUUUCUUUUAUUUUUCUCCUUAAUUGCCACUCAUCAUCUACUCGUCUUCCACCAUAUUCACACUUCACUGCCAUACGCCUCUCUGCGUCUUCUUCACUCUGCUCAAGCCUAUCAGAGGGUGGGUGGUGUGGUGGACUUGUGGUCCUGCCUUUUCACUCUAACCACAAUGCGGGAGAAAGACAGGAAACCCAUGAAGGGGCUAGUAGUUCUCCUUUUGCUAUUGGUUUUGAAUGACAGUGUAGAGCAUACUGAAGCUCAAAUCGAGGGAGAAUGCACUCUCAGUAAACCGGUGAAACCCAGGCCUCACAGAGCAUCGGUUUUGGACUUUGGUGCUGUGGGGGACGGGAAAACAUCGAAUACUGUUGCAUUUCAGAAUGCGAUAUUUUAUCUUAAGUCAUUUGCUGACAAGGGGGGCGCACAACUCUAUGUUCCAGCUGGCAGGUGGCUGACUGGUAGCAUCAACCUUACCAGUCACCUUACACUCUUCCUGGAAAAAAAUGCCAUUAUUCUAGGAUCCGAGGAUUACACUCAUUGGGAUGUAGUUGAUCCCUUACCAUCUUAUGGGCGAGGUAUUGAUGUGCCAGGUCAAAGAUAUCGCAGCUUGAUCACGGGAAAUAAUUUAGUUGAUGUUGCAAUAACAGGCAAUAAUGGAACUAUUGAUGGCCAGGGUUCUGUCUGGUGGGAACAAUUCGAUGCCCAUGCAUUGAAUUACAGUCGACCUCAUCUAAUUGAAUUUGUUAGUUCUAGUGAAGUCGUUAUUUCAAACUUGACGAUUUUGAAUGCCCCUGCUUGGAGCAUUCACCCAGCAUAUUGCAGUAAUGUGGUUGUUCAGAACAUAACUGUUCGUUCUCCGUCCUCAUCACCGUACACUAGUGGCAUUGUUCCAGAUUCUUCCGAGCAUGUAUGCAUCGAGAAUAGCAACAUUAGCAUGGGUCACGACGCUAUUGCGCUCAAGAGUGGUUGGGAUGAGUACGGGAUUGCCUAUGGGAGACCUACCACGAAUGUGCACGUUCGAGGGAUGCAUUUGCAGUCUACCAAUGGAGCGGGCAUUGCGUUUGGUAGUGAGAUGUCCGGUGGGCUCUCGAAUGUACUUGUGGAGAAUCUUUACUUGCAUGAUUCCCUCGUGGGAAUUGAGCUGAAGACAGCUAGAGGACGGGGCGGUUAUAUCGAGGACAUUCUAUUCUCGGGGGUAGUGAUGGAAAAUGUUCGGGUGGGAAUCAAUGCUACGAGUUACUAUGACACGCAUCCAGAUGACGAGUUUGAUCCUAAUGCACUUCCAGCGGUCGGUAAUAUCACCUUCAAGGACAUUAUUGGCACGAAUAUCUCCAUAGCCGGAAAUUUCAAGGGAUUACCUGAAUCGCCCUUCACUUCCAUAUGCCUUUCAGAUAUCUCCUUUUCCAUCUCGCCCGACCAUUCAACCCCGUGGAUAUGCUCUGACGUUUCGGGUCUUUCCUCAAACGUGUCACCCGAACCAUGCCCCGAGCUUCAGAACCCGGUUUCCAGUAUAUCUACUUCAGCUUGUUUCUCCCUGCUACAAUCUUAUAAUCAAGUUGCAAUCUUAUAAUCCCUCUGCAUAGAACUUAUUCAAUGCAUUGAAUCUCUACAACGAGAGACCUAUUCUUUGCCGGUGUAUAAUCUUCCAAUAAGAUGCGAGCUAGAAUUGCAAGUCAAGAUCGAGCUCAGGCAGGUAUAUUCUUCAAAGUGGCAUUACAUUAUUAUUAUUAUUUUCUGUACAGCAUUGGUUCCUAUUUCAUCAUGUGUAAGAAAAGUUUUGGUAGUGCAGUACAUUCACAUAUACGUUGUUCCUUUGGCUGUUCAUUUUUCAUUUUUACUUUCUACUCCCAUCUUACAUUUGUAAAUGUGGAUAUGGAAACCGCUCAUGAUUGUUUGGUGUUAGAUUGUGCUGAAAGUUGUUCUUGCAAUAAAAAGUUCUAGCCAUUCAAUUAUCA